AUGAAUAUGGCUCAUUCAAGAAUUAACUCUCUACUCCUCUUCUACCUCAGUUUUUUGCUGCUCAUCCAUUUAAAAAAGUCCCUUUGCAUGGGGAAUGAAUCCAGGUGCCUGUCAAACUCUUGCCAAAAGAACUCUACAUGCAGUGCUGGUCAUAAAGAUGAUCCUUGCCCUUGUGCAGAUCCAUCAGUGGACAGCGUGGAGGAGCUCUGCAAUAAAACCUCUGAUCCUUGCUCCUCAAACCCUUGUUUCCAAAAUGCUACCUGCUUAAGCUCUGCUGGGAACCUCAGCUUUACUUGUGAGUGCCCUGCUGGCUAUAAUGGAUCUACCUGUGAAAUAGCUGUCAGUGUGUGUGACACAAACCCUUGUGAACACGGGGGCACCUGCCAGCACAGCCUGGCUGGACCCACCUGCCUGUGCAGAGCAGGUUACACGGGCACACUCUGUGAACUGGAUCUGGAUGAAUGCAUUUCUGAGCCCUGCCACAAUGGAGCAGUGUGCAGGGAUGGGGUUGCUGAAUACUCCUGCUACUGUGUCCCGGGCUUCCAAGGCAAGCACUGUGACCUGGAAGUAAAUGAAUGUGUGUCAGACCCAUGCCUGAAUGGGGCAACGUGUCUCAACCAGAUAGGACACUAUGACUGCAUCUGUCCCCUUGGCUACACAGGUGCUAACUGUGAGCUGGAAAUAGAUGAGUGCUCAUCACAGCCAUGCCUGAACAGUGGGACCUGUCACGAUGGCCUGGGGACAUUCACCUGCUCCUGCACACCCGGGUUCUCUGGUGACCUCUGUGAAACCAACAUCGAUGAGUGUGCCAGCCUGCCGUGCCUCCACGGGGGAGAGUGUCUGGAUGAUGCCAAUGGAUACAGCUGCAACUGCACUGGUACUGGGUUUAUGGGCAUACACUGUGAAACCCUAACUCCCUUAUGUUGGUCACAACCAUGCUACAAUAAUGGCACUUGUGAGGACAAUGCUGACAAUUACACAUGUCACUGCUGGCCAGGCUACACAGGGUCCCGCUGCGAGGAGGACAUCGGGGAAUGCCUCAGCAGCCCCUGCCUCUCCGGGGGACUCUGCGUGGAGCGCUCCUGGGCCGCUCACUACGGCCGCGUCCCGGGACUGCCGCCCGCCUUCCGCCACGACCAGGCCGAGGGCUACGUCUGCAGCUGCCCCCCAGGCUUCUCCGGUACUCACUGUGAUGAAGACAUUAACGAAUGUUACAUGAACCCUUGCCAAAAUGGUGGAAUCUGUGAGAAUUUUCCUGGGAAUUACACUUGCCAUUGCCCAUCUACAGACAAAGAAGGGAUUUAUUACGGUGGCUGGAACUGCACAGAAGUUCUCCGUGGCUGUACUGAUCACCAAUGCCAAAACAAUGGAAUCUGUAUCCCACAUCUGAAAAAUGGCCAACAUGGAUUCACCUGCACAUGCUCACCUGGGUAUACAGGAACACACUGUGAAACUGAAACCACACUUUCUUUUCAAGGAAAUGGUUUUCUUUUGCUGAAGAAUCCCCUCAUCUCUAAAAAGGAAUUUUUCUACAACAUAAAACUGAGGUUUCAAACUGUGCAGCCUACAACCUUGCUGUUUUACCGAGGGGAGAAAAAUACAUUUGCAAAGCUGGAGCUACUGAAUGGCUACUUGCAGCUCUCCCUGCACGUCAGAAGUCAGCCACAGGCUCUUCUGCGUAUCUUCCAUAAUGUCAGUGAUGGAGAAUGGCACUCAGUGGAGGUAACCCUGGCAAGAGCUGUGACUCUUCAUUUGCUUGACAGCUCUUGCAUAGAAUCCUGCCUCAAUAAAAAGUCUGUUAUGAUAGAUAAGGACCACGUGAUGCUUGCAUUUCAGAGCACGUUUUUGGGCGGCUUACCAGUGGGGAACAUAAGUGGCAGCUCUCUGCUUACCAGCUAUAAUAUACAUUCUGCACCUUCGUUUGUAGGCUGUCUGCAGGACAUUGAAAUAGACUUGAAUGUUGUUACUCCAGAGAAUGUAUCACUUGAAUCAUCUUUAAAUGUCAGGACAGGAUGCCCAAGGAAGGACUGGUGUGAAACCCAUCCGUGCCAGAACAGGGGACGCUGCACCAACCUCUGGCUGAGCUAUCACUGUGACUGCUACCGGCCCUACAUGGGGCCAACCUGUGCAGCAGAGUAUAUUCCAGGCCGUUUUGGAUCUGAGGACUCCUCAGGCUAUGCUGCUUUUUCUGUUGAUGCCAUUCAGGAUGAAAAUCUCAACAUAUCAAUGUUUGUCCGAACACGCAAAUCUUCUGGCUUGCUAUUGGCUUUGAGAAACAGUACUCACCUCUACAUUAGAGUCUACUUGGAAGGUGGGAAACUCACAAUGUUAGUGCUAAAUUCCAUUAAAUUAUCAGGGAAACACUCCGUGAAUGAUGGAAACUUCUACUUAAUAACAUUAAAAAUAGAACCAAAUAAGGUGGAAUUGUUUCAGUCCUCACAAUACCUAGGCUUUAUUUCCACCCCAGUACUAACCAUCCAAAGUAAGCAUAUCCUUUACGUUGGAGGCCUACCAGAUAACAAAGAAACUGAUAGCAGGUAUUUCAAAGGCUGCAUCCAAGAUCUAAGAAUGAAUAACCAGCUGCUGGAAUUCUUCCCUAUCACCAGUCCAGUGAAUUCUCUUAUCAACCAAACUCUGAUCAACGUCACAGAAGGCUGCACUGGUGACAACCUCUGCAAGUCAAACCCUUGCCACAACGGUGGUGUGUGCUAUUCGAUCUGGGAUGACUUCACUUGCACUUGCCCCCCUAACACAGCAGGGAAGGCAUGUGAGGAAGUUAAGUGGUGUGAGCUUGGGCCCUGUCCUCAUGAAGCACAUUGCCAGCUGGUGCACCAAGGAUUUGAAUGUCUUGCUAAUGCAGUGUUUAAUGGCCGAAGCAGCGCGAUAUUUUACAGAAGCAAUGGAAAAAUCAGCAGAGACCUCACCAGUAUCAUCUUUGGCUUUCGAACUCGAGACACUGAUGUGAUACUGCUGUAUGCAGAGAAGGAGCCAGAGUUUGUGAACAUCAGUAUCCACAACUCCAAACUACUCUUUCAACUGCAAAGUGGCAACAGCUUUUACAAGCUGUCCGUCUCUAGUUCAGUGCCUGUGAGUGAUGGGAAAUGGCAUCAAGUGAUGGUCUCGAUGGUGGAGCCCCUGUCCCAGUUCUCUAGAUGGCUCAUUGAUGUAGAUAACAAGAAGGACACUGCAACUAGCACAACUGCAGCAGGAAGCCUCAACUUUUUAAGAGAAGAGACAGACAUCUAUGUGGCUGACAAGGCUUUUGACAGACUGGAUGGCCUGCGAGGGUGUAUGAGCACCAUAGAAAUCAGUGGCAUUUAUCUCUCAUACUUUGAAAACGCUGACAUCCCUACUAAAAAGCCUCAAGAGGAGCAAUUUCUCAAAAUAUCCGCAAACCCUGCUCUUACUGGUUGUUUGCAGGUGGAUCUCUGCAGCCCAAAUCCCUGUAUGCAUGAGGGGAUAUGUGAGGACUUCUAUACUUCUUACCAUUGUGUUUGUCCCAAAGGAUGGACUGGCACACAUUGUGAAGUCAAUAUCGAUGAAUGCUCUUCAAACCCCUGCAUCCAUGGGAAUUGCACUGAUGGGAUCAGCUCUUAUGAGUGCACUUGUGAACCUGGGUACACAGGGGUAGAUUGUGAAGAGGACAUAGACAACUGCCGUGGCCACCAGUGUGCAAAUGGGGCCACUUGCAUUGAUGGGAUUAACAGCUAUUCCUGCCUGUGUGCUGGUAACUUCACCGGGAGAUUUUGCAGGUACAGGAAAUUACCGUACACAGUUUGUGGGAAUGAAGACAGGAACCUCACGUGUUUCAACUACGGCAACUGCACGGAUCUCAGUGGGGAGCUGACGUGUGUGUGCCUGCCAGGAUUUGCUGGAGAACGGUGUGAAAAGGACAUUGAUGAGUGCAGCUCUGACCCCUGCCUGAAUGGGGGCCUCUGCCAGAACCUGCUCAACAAAUUCCAUUGCCUCUGCGACAUAAACUAUGCCGGGGACCGCUGUGAGAUCGAUUUGGCAGCUGACUUGAUGUGGAACAUAUUCGCCUCCAUUGGCUCAGUAACCCUGGCCUUGUUAUUGAUCCUCUUCUUGGCAGUUGUGGUUUCAGUCAUUGCUGCCAAUAAACGGGCAACCCAAGGGACCUACAGCCCCAGCCGGCAGGAGAAGGAGGGAUCCCGGGUAGAGAUGUGGAACAUGGUGCAGCCACCGCCGAUGGAAAGGCUGAUUUAG